AUGCUUACGAAGCAGCCCGUUUUCAAAGUCAAUGGUCAGCUUUCUUCCUACGUUUGGCACCCCCAGAAUUUUCCUAGCAACAUUCUCGGCGAUGCUGGUGUCGAUAAAGAAGGAAUCGAGUUUAUACACUUAUUGAUGAAGCCUGUUCCCGGCGAUCGUUUGACAGCUGAAGCGGCAAUCGAACACCCUUGGAUGAAACCAUUAUCUGAGCUACCGUCGUUUUCGGAUGCCUAUGAUUCAGUGAGAGAAACCACUGACCACAAUACGGUACAAAUAAAAACCGAAGUUACGCAAUCAGAUUAUGAGAGUGAUAGCGACGGCUCACAAACACUACGUCCAGCGACGACAGCAAGCGAAGGAAAUUUCAUGAACGGUAGUGUUGAAGACUACUGUUCCGAUGAUGAGGCAAUUCGAAAGCCUUCUCGGCCUCGAUCAAGUGAGACCUCUUGUUUAUCCGUGGGAUCCUCCAGGGGCAGCAAAGCUCGAAGUACGUAUACAAAGAAACCAGUUAACGAGAACCACGUGCGAUAUGAUCUAGGACACACCCAAGAAUCUGAGAAUCAUCGUCCUCUUCAUCCUAAAAGGGCGUAUCUUAAGAGGGCAUCCAAGCUUGCAUCAGCCGGGAACAUAUUCGAAGCUAUCAUAAACAGGAGCCAUCGAAAUCCCGACGACGAAGAGAGAACUGGCCGCAGUCGGCAUCGCUCUCCAAGCAGGGAUUCCGAGGCUGGCAAUGCCGAGCCGCAGCAGCAGAAAUCGAAAUACAGAAUGACGAGCCCUAUCCGCCGGGAUCUCUCGGAUGAAUCUAGUCGUCAUCCCCACGAAGAGAAGCCCUGGCCACGCAAGGGCAAAACGCGCAUUCCAAGAAAGUGGCUGCAUGUACAUGCUGUGCUAGACCUUCACUAUCCAUUAAAAGAUGAGGACGACAUGAUUAUCAUUCAGAAAGCUCUUUCCACGGAGCAAAUUGACGAAUUGAUAGAUCUAAGCAAGUCCUAUAUGGGACAACCGGAAUCCGAAAUAGCAAUCCCAAAAGAAGGAAGGUACCUAGGUAGGAGUCUUUAA